AUGUGUUUAUAUUACAACCGGGAAGGUGAUACUGGGACCGUGGUGGGAGUUUAUGUAGAUGAUCUCCUGGUGACAGGCACCAAACAAGAUGCAGUGGACGACUUCUCCGCCGGAUUGGAGACACUGUCAAUCAAGGAUUUGGGAGUCGUGAAGAAGGUUUUGGGACUCCGAAUCUCGCUGGACGAUACACAUGGAUACGUUCUAUACCAGGAAGUGGUGAUCGACGCUUUGGUAAGCGAUUUCAAGCUGGAAUCAGCAAACUAUAUUGCGAGGUGCACCCGUCCCGACAUUUGUUUCGCGGUACAAAAAGCCACCCGUCAAACGCAUACACCGACCGUCAAGGACUGGAAAACAGCAAAGCGGAUCGUACGCUACCUGGAGGGGUCCAAGACGUUGAAGUUGCACCUCAAUGGAAACGGCCCGACUACGGACGACAUCAAGGUUGAAUGUUGGAGCGAUGCGGACUUCGCUGCGGAUAAGACCGACCGUAAGUCAGUGACUGGGUGUGUGCUAAUUAUGGAUGGGGCUGUUGUGUUCUGGCUAUGCAAGAAGCAGUCAGGAGUGGCUUUCAGCACAAUGGACGCGGAGUUCGUGGCAGCAUCGCAGGGUAGUCGUAAGUUGCUGGGAUUAAGGGAGCUCUUCAAAGAGCAAAAAAUGGCGAUGGUCGAGCCCAUGUCGAUGUGGAUGGACAGCCAAGCGGCGAUCAAGCAACUCGAGGCAGAGAAGAGCACAUCAAGCGCGAAGCACGUGGACAUUCUUUUCAAGUUUAUCUGUCAUCACGCGCGCGAAGGGACUGUGGUACCAAGAUUCAUAAAAUCGGAGUGCACGAUGGCGGACAUCCUCACGAAGUCGUUGCCCGCCCCAAGGUUGGAGGAACUACGAGUAAUGUUCAACUUGAUGCCUUUUCAAACUGACGUUAAGGAGGAGUGUUAG